GAAAACAACAAAGACCACAAUUAUUUUGAAUGUUGACUUUGACUUUUUAUUUUUUUUUUAUCUUAGAACACCUUUACAGAUUACUUACCAACAAGUCAUCAUGACUCGGUGUUAAAUUUUACAGCACUUUUUAAUUAAAGUCAGUUUUUGACUAAGAUGUAUUUUAGUUUUAGACAUACUUUACUCAAAUUGAAUCAUGUUUUUAGUCGAGUAAAUUACACAGCAUAUUAGUCAAAUAAAACUUAACCAUAUUUACACAAAUAUAAAGUAUACGGCAUCUCAAGACAUUAAUUUGAAAACUUACAUUUUGGUUAUAUGCAAAGUAUCCAAAUAAAAAUACAACACAAAGUAGACCUUCUCUCUAUGAAUAUAUAAUUCAGUCAGUAAUUUCACCUUAGUUACUUCUCUGAGUCCGUGUUUGUUUAUGUAUGAUGGACGUGUACGUUUAUCCAAAACAGCUGUUUGGAAAAGCCAUGAUUGGCAUUAAUCAUAUUUGGCAUGCAUAGCAAUUUUAAUCAAGUAUAACUUUGAAUUCAGCCGAAUAUAAACAUUUGUUUGUUUCAUUUAAUUUUCUAAACCACUACUGGUAAUGUAGCCAGUUGUGUUUUGGUGUUUCUUGGUGUAAUGUGGGACAUUUAGAGGCAAACAGAGACAACACCUUUAAUGUUGUAUUUUGCCAUAAAAACAUGAAAUUAGAAAAUAAAUUCUAAAACCAAAUUCUAUUGAAAAGCAAUGUACUUCAGUCUGUAUUUAGUUUUUAUUUUAUUUUAGUGGUCUUUACCUGUUAACAAAUCUUGGUGAAAUAGGGUGUAAUGCCGCAAAAAUACAGGUUGUGGCGCUGUUUACUUUGCAAUAAUCGUCACCCGCAGCAGCUUUGACAUUUCAGGUUGCACGUCGUGCUGAGCUCCGACAAAAAGGCGUCAAACGAGGCUUUAGGAUUUCAGCAUCUAACACAUUUUGUGGGAUUUACCAUACUUGGAAUGGGAUUCAAAUAAGGAUAUUUAAAUUAUUGUUUGUACGGACGAUUGACGUUUAAGGAACAAUUCACCAAUAAUGCGGCCUCAUAUCACAAUGUGGUCCAGAAGGUACGUGGCGUUCGUCAUUGUUUCCUCCUUUAUUGUUUCCAACAAUGCUUCAGUUACUCAUUAUUCCAUCCCAGAGGAGAUGAAAGAAGGAUCUGUUGUUGCUAAUCUUGCUAGUGACCUGAGCUUAGAUGUGAAGACGUUAGACAAAAGAAAGAUGAGGCUCGACAUCAUUGCCAAUAAGAAAUAUCUGGACGUGAACAAAGAGACUGGAGAACUGUACAUUGUGGAGAAGAUUGACAGGGAACACCUUUGCACGAAAACGCUGACAUUGUGUUACCUCAAAAUGGAAAUAAUACUUGAAAAUCCAAUCCGAAUAUUCAACAUUGAACUGGAGAUUUUGGAUAUGAAUGACAACGCCCCUCAAUUUCGGAGAGACGUCAUUCAUUUGGACAUAUCAGAAUCAACACAUGCUGGAGAGAGAUUCUCUUUGAGCAACGCCGUGGAUCCUGACGUGGGCAGCAAUACAGUGAAAACAUACCAUCUGAGUGAAAGUGAGCAAUUUGAGAUUGAGGUUCAAACCGGAAGGGAUGGAUCCAAAUUUGCAGAUUUGAUAUUAAUUAAGAAUUUAGACAGAGAGCAGCAGGCUGUGCAUAAUUUAAUACUAACAGCAGUAGAUGGCGGUACACCCCCUCGUUCUGGUACUGCCAAAAUUAUUGUUCAGGUCUUAGACACUAACGACAACGCCCCUUUGUUUGAUAAAUCUAUUUACAGUGUUAAAAUCAUGGAGAAUUCUCCAAUCGGAAGCCUUGUUAUUGAUUUAAACGCUACCGACUUAGAUGAAGGCUCCAAUUCUGAUUUAACAUAUUCAUAUAGUUUAUACACACCAGAGAAAACACAAGGAACCUUUAACCUGAAUCCUUCUACUGGUGAGAUUACUGUUAAAGGGAUGUUGAAUUAUGAAGAUUUUCGCAUUUAUGAUAUGGAAGUUAUAGCAGCCGACAAAGGAGUCAACAGUUUAUCAGGACAAUGUACGAUCAAAAUUCAAAUUGAGGACAUGAAUGACAAUCAUCCGGAAAUAUCCAUAAAAUCUUUCCAAAGUCCGGUCAGCGAGAAUAUCGAUGUAGACACGGUGAUAGCCGUGGUCAGUGUGAGCGAUAAGGACUCAGGUGACAACGGCGUGGUGGAUCUUCACAUUCCUCCUAAUAUGCCUUUUCAACUGAAAGAGUCAUCUGAUAACUAUUAUGAGUUGGUGGUCUCGGAGCCGUUAGACCGUGAGAAGGUUCCAGAAUAUGACAUCACCUUCACCGUGACAGACAGAGGCUCCCCUCCUUUAAGCGACAACGAAACAAUGACUUUACAUCUGCUGGAUGUGAAUGACAACGUUCCACACUUCCCUCAGUCCUUUUAUACCAUACGUGUGAUGGAGAAUAAUGCUCCUGGCGCCUUGCUCAGUUCGCUCAGCGCGUUUGACCCCGACCUCCACGAGAACCAGUACCUGGUUUACUUCAUCCUGGAGAAGGAGAUAGCCAACACCUCCAUGUCCAUGCUGUUCUCCAUUAACCCGGAGAACGGGAACCUGUACGCGCUGAAGACUUUUGACUAUGAGAUGGAGAAGGACUUUCUUUUCCACAUCGAGGCCAGAGACUCCGGUUCUCCUCCGCUCAGCAGCAACGUGAGCGUCCACAUCAUCAUUGUAGACCAGAACGACAACGCUCCGGUUAUCGUAUCUCCCUGGCGAGCACACGGCUCAGUCGUGGAGGAGAAGAUCCCCAGAUCCACGGAUAAAGGUUCUCUGGUGGCUAAGGUGAUAGCCUUGGAUGUGGACUCGGUGCACAACUCUCGCAUCACCUACCAGUUCCUGCAGGUGGCCGACGCCACCUUGUUCAGUCUGGACCAGUACAACGGAGAGAUCCGCACCAUGAGGAUGUUCAGUUACAAAGAUCCACGCCAUCAGAGACUGGUUGUUGUUGCCAAGGACAACGGGGAGCCCGCUCUAUCUGCUACGGUCACCAUCAAGCUGUCUACAGUGGAGACUGCUGUGAAGGCCUACUCAGACAUGACUGAGGUGCCUCUGGAAUACGACAUCUUCUCAGACCUCAACCUGUAUUUGGUCAUCGGUCUGGGUUCCGUAUCCUUCCUGCUGCUCAUCACCAUCUUGGUCACCAUCGUUUUGAAGUGUCAGAAGGCCAAGCCCAGCAUGGCGGCCCCCCCGUCCAGGAACAGUGUCAUCAGCGAGAGGAACUCCACCAUGGCAGAUUCCACUCUGGUGUCCAACGAUGCCUACUGGUACAGUCUGUUUCUAGCAGAGACCAGGAAAGGAAAGCUGGUGGUCAGACAGCCUCUGCCAAAGGGCUCCAGAUACAUCGUGUCCAGUAUUCCCAGGAGCACAGGCAUGUCUGAGACCAGCGGUUCUGCUACUUCUACUCUGCAGGUAUGGAGCGACAUGCUAUUGAUUUGUUGUUUGAAUCCGUAUGAUAAUAUAGUACAAUUCAGUACAUUAAUUUUGCAUAUCAAACUAAUUUUGGUAUUCAACAUCGUCCGGUUGUGUGUCAUUCAAGUCAUUCAUAUUUCUUGUAAAUCCUGAUUCUACAAUGAUCAGGUGAACUAAAAAAAUAUAACGCUUAACACUGGGAUGGGGGGGGCGAGGGGUAUGCUGUAGCCUUUCCCACCUCAUUUUGAGCGAGAGGUGGGAUACACCCUAGACAGGUAAUACAUAUUCAUAUGAAAAGGAACCAUUUUACUUUUGUCAUAACCACCACUGGAGGAAAAACAACAAAGACCACAAUCAUUUUUGUCAUCAUAAGAAUGUUGACUUUUUACUUUUUAUUUUUUUUUCUAUCUUAGAACACCUUUAAAGGUUACUUAUCAACAAGUCAUCAUGACUCAGUGUUAACUUUUACAGCACUUUUUAAUUAAAGUCACAUUUUUGACUAUGAUGUAUUUUAGUUUUAGACAUACUUUACUCAAAUUGAAUCAUGUUUUUAGUCGAGUAAAUUGCACAGCAUAUUAGUCAAAUUAAACAUAACCAUAUUUAGACAAAUAUAAAGUAUACGGCAUGUCAAGACAUUUAUUUGAAAACACUUACAUUUAGGUUAUAUGCGAAGUAACCAAAUAAAACGACAACACAAAGUAGACCUUCUCUCUAUGAAUAUAUAAUUCAGUCAGUAAUUUCACCUCAGUUACUUCUCUGAGACCGUGUUUUUUUUAUGUAUGAUGGACAUGUACGUGUAUCCAAAAUAGCUGUUAGGAAAAGCCAUGAUUGGCAUUCAUCAUAUUUGGCAUGCAUGGUCUUUUUAAUCCAGUAUAACUUUGAAUUCAGCAGAAUAUAAACAUGUAUUUGUUUGAUUUUCUAAACCACUACUGGCAAUGUAGCCAGUGGUGUUUUGGUGUGUUUAUGAUGUAAAGAGGGACAUUUAGUGGCAAACAGAGACAACACCUUUAAUGCUGUAUUUUGCCAUAAAAACAUGAAAUUAGAAAAUAAAUUCUAAAACCAAAUUCCAUUGAAAAGCAUUGUACUUCAGCCUGUAUUUAGUUUUUAUUUUACUUUAGUGGUCUUUACCUGUUAACAAAUCUUGGUGAAAUAGGGUGUAAUGCCGCAAAAAUACAGGUUGUGGCGCUGUUUACUUUGCAAUAAUCGUCACCCGCAGCAGCUUUGACAUUUCAGGUUGCACGUCGUGCUGAGCUCCGACAAAAAGGCGUCAAACGAAGCUUUAGGAUUUCAGCAUCUAACACAUUUUGUGGGAUUUACCAUACUUGGAAUGGGAUUCAAAUAAGGAUAUUUAAAUUAUUGUUUGUACGGACUAUCGACGUUAAAGGAACAAUUCACCAAUAAUGCGGCCUCAUAUCACAAUGUGGUCCAGAAGUAUCCUAAAUGAGGGAAGUCCACUCGGCAGCAUGGAGGCCUCCACAACCAGCAGCACCAGAUCUACAUAAGGCCGGAACUCCUUGCUGCAUAUCGGACCAAUCCUGACUGGAGAGAUGACCUUGCAUUGACAUCGCUCU